AUGGCCGAUUUCAACAAUUCAACUGAUAACAUGCAUCCAUCUGACCCUAAUAGUAUCGUCGAGGUGGUCAUACUGGUGUGGUUGUGGAGGAUAUGUGGCGCUCUUCUCAUUUUCCCUGGACUUACAGGCAACAUCAUUGUCAUCUAUAUUUUCUCAAAACUGGACAUCGCCUCUUCGACCGCCAACGUUCAUUUCUUCGUUUUAACCAUCACCGACAGCGCUAUAUUGGUUACCGUUCUUUUAAGACAGUGGAUCGUAUUUACAUUCAACUAUGAUCUGCGCAACAUCUCCAAUCUAGGAUGCAAAAUUCACGAAUUUCUAUCGUACACCUUGUCGGACUUCUCUCCCUGGAUUUUGGUAUCUCUGUCAUGUGAGAGGGUGAUAAGCGUUUACUUCCCUUUCGACUUCAAGCGGUGGUGCACGGUCAGACGUGCAGUCUGCAAACUGGCAGCCAUGUUCUUCGUCUGCUGCAUCAUCAACGCCCAUCUGCUGUGGACGUACGGACUGAUUCCCGACGGCAGUGACAUGUCAUGUGAACCCGUAAACGAGGAAAUGAGGUAUUACGAUAUUCACGUAUUCGUUUGGCUAGAUCUCCUUUUCGUGUCUUUCAUCCCCUUCGUGAUCAUGCUCGUGUGCUCCGUGCUGAUCAUCCGCAAACUGAGUCGAUCUGACUUCGCGUACAACCCGAGGACUGGCGCUGUUUCCACGACGGACCCGGACACGACGAGCCGGGGGCGGCCGAAGAUGGACAGGAACACGAGCGACACGCGACUGCUGCUUGUCUUCGCCGUCCUCUACGUCUGCCUGAGCCUGCCCCACUCGUCCACGUACAUCAUCUUCAGCUACAUCACCGCUGAUUGUUACCAGUCCAUUGCCAGAAUAAGCCUCGCCUGGUCCGUGACGUUUCUGGUGCAGGCGUGCAACUACUCCAUCAACAUCGUCCUGUACACGGCCCGCAGUAAGAAAUUCAGGUGGGAGUUUCGUAAACUCUUUCAUCGAACGACGCCGAGACGACCACAAACUGGUCGUCCAAAGAAAACUACAGCUCCUCAGGACCGACAAAUCACGUUGAUGGCAAAACGAAACCGUCUGUCUUCGGCUACAGAACUCAACAGACAAUUCAGGAAUGCCACUGGCAUAAACAUUUCUACACAAACGUUUAGAAACAGGCUGCAUAAGUCUCAUCUACACGCUCAGCUCAUCGUUAUCAUCCAGUUCAAGUUUUCAGAAAUUAAGUCGACAUUCCUGUAG